GGAAAAUAUUGCCUAUGGUCCAAAAAUAAGGAGCAACUAUGUCCUUCUCCCAGUUCGGAUACCCCUACAGCACCACUUCACAGUUUUUCGUGCCCGCCAGCCCCAGCACGACCUGCUGCGAGGCUGCCCCCCGCUCCGGGCCGGAUGCCUCCUCGGCGCCGGCCGCCGCCUCCCUCUGCUGCGCCCCGUACGAGAGCCGGCUGCUGGCGCCCGGCCGCGCCGAGCUCAAUGCGGCGCUGGGCAUGUACGGCGCCCCGUACGCCGCCGGCCAGGGCUACGGCAACUACCUGCCCUACAGCGCGGAGCCCGCCGCGCUCUACACCGCGCUGAACCCCCAGUACGAGAUCAAGGACGGUGCCGGCACGUUGCAUUCGGGAAUCGCGCAGCCCGCUGCCUACUAUUCCUACGAUCAUUCCUUGGGGCAGUACCAGUACGACAGGUACGGGACGGUGGAUUUCAGUGGUUCGGCCAGACGCAAAAAUGCAACGCGAGAGACGACGAGCACCCUCAAGACCUGGUUGUACGAGCACCGCAAAAACCCCUACCCCACCAAAGGAGAGAAAAUCAUGCUGGCCAUCAUCACCAAAAUGACCCUGACGCAAGUGUCCACUUGGUUUGCUAACGCCAGACGGAGGCUCAAGAAAGAAAACAAAAUGACCUGGUCUCCCAAGAACAAAGCGGGGGAAGAGAGAAAAGAAGAAACCCCGCGGGAAGAAGAGGAAUACGGCGCGGAGAGCGAAGGCAGAGAGCAGAAGAGCUGCAAGGAGGACAAGGAGCUGCGGUUCAGCGACCUGGACGACCUGGAGGAGGAGGAGGAGGAGGAAGAGGAGGCGGGGAAGCCGGAGAAGGGCCGGGCCAGCUCCCUGCAGGAAGCCCCCAGCCUCGGCGCGGCGCUGCCCGAGGCUCCGCGGAGCGACUGCAGCCUGCCCGGCCCCUUCCGCGCCUUUCCUUGCGCCAAGGCCCCCGCUGCGGACUUCGCCCCCGUCGCCCUGCCCGGCCCGCCGCCGCCCUACGCGCCCGCGGAGAAGCCGCGCAUCUGGUCGCUGGCGCGCACCGCCGGGGCCAGCGCGGCGCGCAGGGGCAGCCCCGAGGGCCGCGGCGCGGAGGGGGGCGGCGGCGCGGCGGGGGAGCUGCCUCUGCCCGCCAAGGCCUUCCGGAGCUCCGCUUUCAACCUGCAGUCGCUCCCGCGGACCUGCGCGUCCCACCGCGGCCUGGGGGAGCCGUGCCAGUACGCGGCGGCGGGCGAAGGCUUCGGGCGGGGCGCCAAGGGCAGCCCGGGAGGCGCCGAGCUAGGCGGGACCUGCCUGGACAGGCUGCGGACGGCGUUCCGGCCGGUGCUGCGGAGGGCCGCCCGCCCCUUCCUGAGCGCUGACGACGGGGCUCCGGCUGCAGCGAGGCUCUCGGCUUGAGACACCAGAAGAAACCUGUCCCCUGGUCGGCCAUGACCUCCCCGCCCCGCAGGCAUGGCCCGCGGUUCUGCCUUCCCUGCCCUCGCCGGGGAAACAUCCCGCCGCGACACAACGUGCUGCUCACAUGGGGGUCGAGGGGCGCGGCGGGCGGAGCGGCCGCGCCCGCGGGACUGGCGCGCCUCCCCCUGCCGCCCGCUUGCCAUUUGUCCCACACUCUUCGUUAACGUCUUUGCCAAAAAAAAAAAGUAAUCUUUUAAUCUUUUCUCUUUUUUUCCCCACGUCGUGGUUUGUUUUUCCUUUUCCUCCCAAACCUGCUUCCUCCAUUCAGCGCCCUGCUCCGCCAAGGUGUGUUUGUUGGCGGGUGCUCCGCGCCAUCCCGAGGAGGCGGGAGGAGGAGGAGCGGGGCAGGUUACACCGGCCUGUUUAUUUCCUGUCGCUGUACAUAGAUACCACUGAAAGUAUUUUUCAGAGUCUCUAAUUAACACGGGGGAGCUGAACGCCGUGAAGCCAUCCUGUGACCCUGGCAGCUCUUCAGCCAGUGCGGAGCAGGCCCUGGCCCCAGCCCACCCCGGGCACUCGCCACCCACCCCGGGGCAUCGCCGGGGCAUCCCUGGGCAGCGGGUGGCGACCGGGCGGCGAAGUAGGACGUGGUUAGUGGGUCACCACCGUCAGUCAGUGAAAAGAGCAAUGCUGCACUUUACAGGACAGACAAGAAAGGGAAACCGUAUCUCUGCAUUAUUUCUGUUUAAUUAAAAGUGUCAUCAAACACUUUGUGUUCAGACUAAUAAACCAAGCAGGGAUGAGGAAAGAAUGUUUCUUUGUUCCUGUCUCUAGAAGCAGUGGCAAUAAUUUAAAUUAAUAACUGUGGUAAUUAAGAGGUCAUCUAUAGAUCAACCCGAUACCUGCUAUUUCCAGGUUCACCGGGGUCAACAUUUACAUUAAGUCAUUUGUGGUCAAUAGAGUCCAAUGAAUUCUGCCUUAAUAAAUCAGGGAAAUCAAUCUUGAAUAUCGAGUAGACUUCUGUAUGUUUACCAAAGGCUACUGAGACAAAGUGGGGCUGCAGAGAUGGGAGUCGUCUGGGUUUGUGACCGGAGAAGCAGCUCGUAGGGGAAAGGAGAGGCUGCAGGUCAAUACGAGGAGAAGUGGCAGGGGCUGCCCCCCGGCUUCGGCCCUACUUACAGCCGGGCUGGGGAGCGGAGCAGCCCCGGGCUGCGGGGCACCUGUCACUUUGCCGGGCUUUGCCGAGGCCAGGGCAGGAGAGGGCGGGGGGGUGUAAGUGUACACCAGGGCCAGCAGGUAACGGAGCAGCCGGGAGCGGGGCUGGGCCCAUCGGGAGCCCCGCCGCGGACGCCCGGCCACGGGGCUUUCCCGCGCUCCAGAGCAGUCCUGGGCGAGCGGCGGCGCAGAAGGCGCAGUCUGCUGCAGUGACCCGCAGCUUGAAGGAGGGGGAAUUAAGCUGCGAAAAGAUAAAUAUUAUUUCAAGUCGGAUUUGAAGGAUUAGGACUUGUAAUAAAGAGCAUUAGGCCCUUUCGAAAGGUUCUUGCAAGGCAACUCUUCCUCCUCUCCCACCGGAGGGGACAGGUAUUACCUGCCCUAGGAACAAAGUGCAGGUUCUCCACCCGUAGUCGCAGCGGCCCGGCCGGGCCCCGCUCCCCGUCGUGUCCCGGCCGCGUCCGCCCAGCGCGCAGGGGAGCGACCCGGCUCCCUUCGGCGCAGUUUGCCCGGCGACUUUGGAAGAGGCUCCCCGGGGAGGCAGCUCUGCAGCGGCCUCCUGGGCUGCGCACGAGGGACGAGACCUGCACGGCCCCCGCGGCCCGAGGGCGGCCAGGAGCUCCCCCGAGCUGCUGGCUCUGCCCCACGGCCACGGCCCUGGUCCCCACCGGCCUCCACGGGAGUGCCCGAAGAAGGCGCGAAGUCCCCGGGGGUGGUUAAUUAGUCGGGUGCAAGUUUUGGGUCUUUUUAAGACAGGCGGGAAGGUAACCUCCAGGGAGUCUUAAGACUUUUAUUUUUUAUUUAUUACUUUUACUCCCCUUUUAUUAAAGGUCAAGCGAGCGAGAUGCAGAUUAUCCCGCCCGCCCAGGACUCCCCUGCAAUCUGUCACGCCGGCAAGAUAUGUAUCGCAAAUCUCUCAAAAUAUAA